AUGGCGGUGCCCUCUACCCUUCCUUCAUCGGAAGGGCCUGCUGGAGGAGAUGGAGGGGCUUUGUCUUAUGUUCAGAUUGUUUCAAAGGUGGGGACACCUUCAGCGUUUAAGGUCCCUAUGAGAUACCCUGUGGAUGUGGACGGGGAGCCUGGUUUCGUUUUUACGGAGCCAGAGAUGUCGAAGGCUGCAGAGGAUUUUCAUUUUGCUAUUGUUCUGAAGUUUGUGCGGAUGAGGCCUACGAUUGAUGAUAUACGAUUGGCGAUUAUUAAGUCAUGGGGUUUACUGGAGAUUCCAACGGUGAGUCUGAUGGAUGACUAUCACGUUUUGGUGAAGAUGCAGACUGAAAGGGAUUACUUGCAUGGUUGGGCACGAGAGGGACAGUUGAUUGCUAGAUCGGUUUUCAGAUUAUUUCGAUGGACAAAGGAUUUUGAUUUGCGGAAAGAAUCAAAGCUAGCGCCCCAGUGGAUUUUUCUGCCAGGCUUGCCUCUUCAUAUGUAUCGGGCGGAUUUUCUACAAAUUCUAGCAACAAGGUUUGGUCGGUUUUUGGGGAUUGAUAAUGCUACGCUGCAUAGAACCAGAGCUUCGGGGGCUAGAAUGUGUGUGGAAAUAGAUUUGACAGAUGAACCGGUUCAAAGUUUUCCUAUUGUAAUGGCUAACAAAAAAAUUUGGCAGGAGGUUCGGUAUGAAAGACCUGGAUUCUAUUGCACCAAGUGCUGCCGUCAGGGUCAUACGUCAGUUGUAUGUUGA